AUGAACAACAGCAACUAUGCAAAUGCAAAUGGAGAGAUUGCCUACAAGAUACCUCAGCAUCUUCUUCAACACACUCCAAGGCCUCGGGAGGUGGUGUUUGUGUUGACAGGAAACCAGUUGGAACUUAUGUACAAUACCUGGGUUGUCGUGCGGCGCCGUGUGUGUCAACGCAUCUAUCAACCAGAGUUGCCGUUUCCUCCAUACCCCCCGCACCCGGUCUGGUCAGACGAGGCACAAUCAAUGAUGAUCCUGUGGGUUGCGAGAGAGCGUCACAUGUUCGAAUUGGAGAUGGCUGAACUUGAGCACAUACUGGGACUUUGA